AUGCCAGCUUCCAGGAUGGCCAACAUUGAAAUGGGUGAAACGUGCACUACUGUCACAAAAAGCGGUCUAAUUAACAACCACAAGAGUGUUCAUGGCGAUGCACCUUCAGGUUCUGGCUGCGUGGCUGGUUCAUGGCAAAAUCCUGGGCAGGCUGCAGCCAGAAACCAGAGUGCUACAUUCUCAGCAGCGUACACCCCACAGGUGAGGCCAUAUGCAUCACGACCCGCUGUCCACUGGAAGAAGAAGUAUUCUCUCAGCAACCAGAAAGCAGGGCCGACCGGUAACAACCUCGGCAUUGCUGGCACGUCCACUUGUCCAGCAGCAGCCAUUACUGCAGCUCAGCCCAGAGUCUUGCCCACCAAAGGGUCCAGCACCAAGACUGUAACUCGGGCACCAAAUCUUGUGCAGCCCUCCCCCUUUGCAGCUCCCAUCCAGCAUGCAGGCCUCAGGGAAACGGGAACUAAACCUGGCUCUGCCGGGGUCAGAACAGGACUUGCCUCACUGAUCUCAAGAAGCAACUCCUCUCAGAUUGCCGGGGAUCAGGACACUAGCAAGUCUGCUGGCUUGCAAAGAACUCUGUCAUCCUCGAGCCCAGCAGGUGGCUCUGGUUCUUCAAUAGGUCUUGCUCUGGAAACAAACAAAUUGUCCUCUCUAGAGAGAGCUGCGUUGCUGUCGAAGAUGACAGGUGACCACAGUGUUACAGGCCAGGGGCUGAUCAAGGGAAAGCCACCUGUCGUGGUUAGAACUGUGUUGUCACCCCAGGCAGCAGGUGGAGCCUCAUUCUCAGGUCCUGUUCCAAGUGCUGCUGAGUCCUUCACCCCGGAUAGACGUUUGCUGUUAUCCAAGUCAGCGGAUAGCAGGAGGAUUGAAGCUCAAGGGCAGAGCACAGACACGUUAUUACCCCAGGCAGGAAACCCCCACAGCAUUAAGAAGCCUUCUGUUCUGGAUAAAGCAGUGCUAAAUCCUGAAGCAGCUGUGGGAAUCCGCAAAGCCGGUCACGCACAUAGAACUUGCAAUCACGCUACUGCAGUACCCUGCGAGGCUCAGGUUGAGAGCAAAACUUAUGUCAUAGAUAGAACUGCAUCAAUCCCCAAACCAGUAGGAGGCGCCACUGGUUUGGGUUCUUCUCAGACAAAGCCAAGUGCCCUUUCUAUCUGCUCUGCAAAGGCAAACCCUGAUGGUGUUUUGCAAGCUGAUAACAAGCCCCAGUCGCUAACCGCACUCCCUGUUGGUGUCCCCUUGAGCACCUCUCCCGUGAAAAACUCAAAGUACACAUGGGUAAAGAAGCAGGAACAGGGGUUUGCAGAACCCAGCAAGGCCAGAGCAGGCACAUCCUUAACCAGUGCUGAGUCCACCUCUCUGCCAGUCUCUACCCAUCAUCGCCCCGCAUCUGGGCUGGCUGGUAGCAUCUUUAAGAGAAGGGCUGCAGCCGGUCACAAGUCUUACAAAGGCCCCGGCCAGACUGCUCGUCCCCUCAAGGCAGCCAAGACCAGGUACACCUGGGUCUCGACCACCGCUCACUCCGCUAAGCCUGCCAGGAAGCCCCUGUCCCCCAAAGACCUUGAGGGGACCCAGAAGGCAAUUAAGAGCCUAGGGCUCAAGAAAUCUGUCACACCCCCUGGAGCUAAACCCAGCAAGAAGACAUCUGCUUCCCCCAAACCCCCCGGCACUGGCAGCAAGUAUCAGUGGAAAGCCGCUACUGCAGGUCAGGCAGCAGCAGCAGCAGCAGCAGCCGCCAAGCCGGUGUUCAAGUGGAAAUUGGAGAAGGAAAACGGAGCACGUGGGUCGUCUGGGUUGGGGCAGCCCGGCAGUACAGAACACAGCACCACAGGGGCUUCUGGAGGUAGUAGUCCCUCGCUCUCAGGGUACAAACUGAAGAGCAGAAUGAAAAUUAUCAGAAAGAAUAGUGGCCCAGGCUCGGUGGGGGACAAGAGGAGCAGCCCUGGCUCCCUGACUGUGAAGACGCGGUUCUCUCUGCGGAGGCGAGGACAGGCCCCAGGGAAGAGACUGCAGGCCAGGGGGCUGAUACCCAUCGGCAGGCACAAACUGCGCCGGCUUCCCAGUGCGGGCACCCAUGGCUCCGCCAGACAAGGUCCUUCCCAUCACACCUCACACAGAGUGAUCAGGACGCGGUACAAGAUAGUGAAGCACGAUGCAGCUGGGAGCUCCCCAGCACUGCCCAGCACUGCGGCACACACCUGGAGGGGGUGCAGGAUCAGCACCACCAGGUCGUUGCUGCAGAGUCGGAUACGGCACUCUUCGCCAGAUUACAGACAGCGUCCCCCGCAGCAGCCCCAGCAGCAGCGCUGGAUCGGGGGGGCCCUCUACAAAGUCUCUGCAAACAAGCUCUUGAAGACCUCCUCCACAUCUGGCUUCAACGCCAAGCUGAGCCCCAGGGCAGGAAAGUGUACUGCUGUGACUGACGGGCCAGGACAGUCCCUUCCCAGCAGCCUUGGCAGAGUCUUGACCACCAGACACAUUGCCAGUCGCGCAGUGCAGCGCAGCCUGGCGAUUAUCCGGCAAGCCAAACUGAAGAAGCAGCAGAAAAGGGAAUACUGCAUGUACUACAACCGCUUUGGGACAUGUAACCGUGGGGAGAAGUGCCCCUUCAUCCAUGACCCAGAUAAGGUGGCUGUCUGCACCAGGUUUCUAAGAGGCACAUGCAAGCAAACAGACGGGUCAUGUCCGUUCUCACACAAAGUGUCCAAGGAAAAGAUGCCUGUGUGUUCGUACUUCUUGAAAGGGAUUUGCAACAACAAUACCUGCCCCUACAGUCAUGUCUAUGUCUCCCGGAAAGCAGAGGUGUGCCAGGACUUUCUGAAGGGAUACUGCCCGCUGGGGGAGAAGUGUAAGAAGAAGCACACGCUGCUCUGUCCAGACUUUGCCAAGACGGGCUCCUGUCUUCUGGGAUCCAAGUGCAAACUGCAGCAUCGUCAGCGCAAGAGGCCGGCUGAGGCACCGGAGACAAGAGGGGUGCCCAAGAGAGCCAAGACCAAGCAGGAGCAGGGGGGUUGUGUUGCUGUGGUUGCUCCUGGAUCUGAGGCUGGAAAGGACUGUGCUGUAGAGCCAGAGCCAGAGGUAGCUGGCCCCUGCCCAAGACUGGAGAAGCUGCCCUCGUACAUCUCUUUGUGCUCCUCCCCUACAGAGGGGGAGGGCAAUGCUGGGGAACCUACCGGGGAGAGUGCUGAUAACACAGAGAAGAGACUCCAGAUCAAGCCCAGGUUCUGAAACUCAGCAGACCGUUUCCAGCGUCCAAGCCAUAAAAGAGCUGCACAUCAUCUCAGGAAAAAAUCAAGACGGGGGGCUGGAUUCAGUAGACUGCAUCUCAGGGUGUUUCCACAUAAAAAAAAAAAAAUACAAUGUAGCUUAUUUUAUAAGUUAUUUUAUUCAUAAGGGAUAAGGCAAUAAGCUGUUAGACUAGAAUAUAGGAAUUUUAAAGCUGUAUUUGAAUACCAGGUGAGUGCGGAAUACACAUGAGUAAAUAAAAGUUUAUUGUGACAAUAA